AUGUUAAAAGUUAUGACUCUGAUCAGAAAAGAUAUUUUUUUAAGGAAUAAUUGUGAUAUAUUAGCGGACUGCAAUAAGAUAAAGAAAUGUGGAACCACAUGUUCAAUGGGCUUAGCAAAAGUAAGUAGUAACACAUUUAAAUGGUAUACAACCUUGUCAGAUGAAGCAGUAAAAGCGAUAACAAAUUUGAAGGAUGUGGUGAAAAAACAAGAUAAAAAAAAAAAAAAUAUUACAAGAGAGACUCUUAAAAAUUGUCAAGGUCAUAAAAGAAGAUAUAAAUUAUUUGGGGAUAGAGAAGAAUUUCAUAAUAUAGAUAGAGAUAAGAAUAACUUAAUAAUAGAACCAACUGAUUCCUUUCGAGCUGUUAUUACAACAUCGAAAAAUAAUGUACAUAUUCAAGUUAUAAACAAAAGUAAAAAUUACAAAACCAUAUUUGGUUCCUUUGCUGGUAAUGUUGGAUUUACAAAAUCAUUACAGCAAAGUGAAAGAUGUGCUUAUAGGAUUGGAGAAAAUAUAGCUAAAAAAUGUAGAAGACUUGGAAUUUUUUCAAUUGAUAUAAAAUUUAGAAGAAUUAUGAGAGUUGAAACUGUUUUACAAGCAAUGUAUGCUAAUAACUUAAAUAUUACUCAGAUUAUACAUGAACCUAGAUUACCAAAAUGUGGAUUAAAUUCAUCCAAGCCAAGGAAAAGAAGACGUGUUUAA